UCCGUUGAAUGAAACCCUACAGGGUUUUGCCUUAAUGAUAAUGCCUGGCCCUUUCUUUGAAAAAAUUAUAACGCCAUCCACGAUGAAUGAGAAAAAAAUUAGUAAAAUUGGUUCGUGAUCAAUAUUUACUAUUUAGGCUGCUAUACCAUGGGAUUUUUACAGUGAUCGGUUAUUACCCAAUACCUCUGGGCUUUUACCCAAUACUAUUUAGGCUGCUAUGCAUGUAAAUCUCAAUGUACUAAAUGCAAGCGGGUCUGUCUUGUUAUUCCAAGCAAGAAAUUUUUGAAAAUAUAAAAUGUCUUUAUUAUUUGUAAUAAAUGUGAUCGGUUAUUAGGUAUGAGGCAAUUAGUGUGCACCUCUACGACCGGGAAAGUAUGUAUGCAAUAAAUACACGUACCCCUCACAACUCACAUCCAUUGUUUUCUCUCUCUUUAAUUUGUACUCUUUUAUCUUAUACACAUGGUUGUGGUGGCUCGUCCAUCACUCAAUCUGCAAGCUAAUUCCAUCUUCGUCACACGACGUUCUUGAACAAAAGUGUAUACUUAGAUGUGAAAAUUUUUUCACUUUAUGAGUAAUUUGUAAUGCAGACAUCUAACUUGAGAAUGUUGCGCUCGCGGUCACCUAUAUAUAUAUUUGAUUCAUACAAGUUAGUUUUUAUUUGGAAGAAGGGAAUACAUAAAUGCAAUGGUAUAUAAGCACGGGAGCUAUUGUGAUGCGAACUCGUAACGUUUUUUGUUCUUUUUUUUUUCUUUUCUUUCUUCUGAAUAGUAUGUAUUUAAUGAAAGUGGGGCUUUACUUGUAAAAAAUUUAAAAAUUGGACAACUUGGAACUUGGAAGGUAAUACUUACAUCGCUCCAUUGGAGAUACACAUAUAUAUAUAUAUAUAUAUAUAAUAUAAGGGCCCCAAAUGGUAGGCAUAAUAUUAAAGGGAGGAAGUAAAUACUUUGGAACUCAAUAAAUCAGAGUUCCAACAGUAACCCUUUUUGGUAUCUCCAUCGUGGAUCUCUUGCCUACCACAUUUCCUUCAACUUUCUCUCUUCAGCCGUGCGCCAUUGAUUUGAUCGAUCCCCCACCACACGUUUCAAAGAACUUAUAAAGAAAGAGCUCUCGGCGGCCAUGGGAAAACCAUAGCUAGCUAGCUAGUAAGAAGCAGUACCACGAGAAUUAGUUUGGCUAACACACGUCGUGUUAGUAAAUCUCAGUCUUCUUUACUUUCUUAUAUUGUUGGGUUUUUCUUUUUCGUUAUAACGGCGACUACUAAACAUCUGUCAUGAAGAUGGUAGUGGUGGAGUGUGGUCUAAGGGUAGCAGCCGUGGCGGCUCUCGUUCUGGCGGCUUGUUUGGUCGGGCUGGAUUCUCAGACGAAAUACAUCUUGUUUCUCGACAAAACGGUCACUUACAAGAACUUGAACUCUCUCAUAGCUUUGGUGUACGUGGAUAUAGCGGCGGCUGCUUAUAACUUGACUCGACUCGUGUUAACGCUGUUAAUGGCGGGGAGAUCAUAUCGGAGGUCAGCGUCGUCCUCGUCGGAGACUCUGUUGAAUGCUCCCAUCGUGUCCUGGGGCGGCUACGUAUUAGACCAGGUGGGGGUGUACGUGACCUUUGUGGUGACAUUAGCAGCUCUGCAACACUGUACACUGGUGAUAACAGGGGAGAAAGAGCUGCAAUGGAUGAAAUGGUGCAACAAGUUCACCAGAUUCUGCCUUCAGAUUGGCGGUGGCCUCUUCUGCAACUUCCUAGCUUGCAUUCUCAUGGCGCUCCUUUCCUUCGUCUCGGGGUUCCACUUGUUCAGACUCUACUCUCCUACCCGCUUCCUCCGACUCAAGAAAAUGAGUACUACUCCUCCGCCGCCGCCGCCGCCAACGGCCGCGGCGGCGUUGUGAUGAUCGAACGCAUGCAGGUGUAUAUAAGUAUGUACACAUAUCUUUCUUUCCCAAUCUAUCAAUGCGUGUGGAGAAUUUUUUUAUUUUUUAUAAUUAAUGUGAGAUAAUGUAUGAAGUAUGUUUAAGUUAUGGUGAAAUUUGUUGGUUGAUUUGUCCCAAUGAUGUGAAAUAUUUAUGAAAUGUGCAUUAUUGUUGCUAUGGGAAAAAAAAAAGGUCAGUUAGUCGUGACGAGCUAAUAUGAUAUGGCUACAUGACUAAUCAAAGAUGCUAGGUGUGGUUUGGAGUGUGACAUUAGUUGAAUUAGAUGUCGGUUUAAUUUGUUUGCAUUAUGGACACUUUUCGUCAACGACAGAUUCUAUUGCUUGAGAUUCGGAUAGUAAGUCAAAAUCAAAUCAAUAUUUCUUCAAAAU